CACAGACUGAGAAUGAUGCAAAUUCACUCAUUUUAAUUUUCGCUAUAAUGAAUGAGGGCAGUAUUGAUAAAGAUGGCAUGAGAUGACUAACAUCAGCGGCAUUGUCAGAGACCGGGUCUCCGGUCGGCAGUCGAGAUCGGCGUCGAGUGCUUUCCGAGGGGGUCUGGGGUAGAAUACUACGACUGUGCUAACACACCAUGGCGACCCCCGGCAUGCUCUACGUCACAAUGCAUCCCCGCUCGUCUCUCCCCGCGGCCCAGUUCCACGACUGGUACAACACAGAACACGGUCCGUUGCGUGUACGCUUGCCCUUUGUCACCAAUGGCUUCAGAUACAGAGCCACCGAUGGCCUCGAGCCUGAAUGGGUUGCUCUGUACGAUAUCACCGACAUGGUGGAGCUGACUCGCGAGACGUACCUGGCGCUCCGAGGCGACGGCAUCAAGACCCCACGCGAGAAAGCCACCAUGGCUCAAAUUGCCGUCGAUCGCCGACUCUACGACCUGUUGGACGAUCACAAAGCCCCGACUACCGAAGACGAGCUCAACCGCUGGUACCGCGAGGAGCACUUUGAGAUGCUCUCCCGCGUGCCUGGCUGGCGUCGUUCUCGCCGCUUUGUGACAGCGGCCAUCGACCCCAACGCCCCUCGCGAGUUCCUUUCGUUGUACGAGUACGCGGCAGAGAACGGACUCGAAGGCCCCGAGCACAAUGCCGCGAAGAGCACCCCCUGGGGCAAGCGGAUCAGCGAGAUCGCCAUCAGCAAAAAGCGCCGGGUCUACGAGUGGGCCUACACCUUUGGACCAGCCCCGCGCGAGCUCGCCUCCCUUGCCUCCAAGGACGUCGUCGGGUCGUGGCACUCCAAUGACAACCGCACCCGGACGUAUCCCUCGCCAACGCGCCCUGCAGUGGAGUCCUACGUGACAACCAAGGACGGCGUCUCACUGCCGUAUCGGCUCGAGGGCAGCACGGACCCCACCGCCCCGGUCAUUGUCCUGAGCAACUCCAUCCUGGUUGACUGGAGCAUUUGGGACGGCUUUGUUGACGCUUUCCUGUCCAAUCCGAAGAACCAAAACUACCGAAUCCUACGCUACCUGACGCGCGGCCGCCUCCGUGAAUGCGGCGAGACACCCAUCACCAUCGACGUCCUGGCCUCGGACAUCAUCGCUCUACUGGACGCGCUCCGCAUCCCGCAGGCCACGCUCAUCGGGGUCAGCCUGGGCGGCGUAACCGUGCUGAACACGGCGCUGCUGUACCCCUCGCGCGUGACGCGGUUCAUCGCCUGCGACACCAACAGCUCCGCGCCGGAAUCGAAUCGCAAGGCGUGGACGGACCGGCACGCGAUGGCCGCCAGCGAAGGAGCCGUGUCGCCUGACACACAGGAGCCCAUUAUCGGCGAAAAACUGGCGGAGGCGACCACGCGGCGGUGGUUCGUACCCGAGACGUACGAGACGCAGCCGGAGGUGCCGGCGCGGGUCAAGGAGGUGGUGCGCUUGAACAGCCUGGAGGGAUUCCACAAGGGCAUGCAGGCGUUGUGCGCGUACGACGUCCGGGAGCGGAUGGCAAGUGCGCGCGUGCCGGGCCUGUUUGUGGCGGGCGACGGCGACGGCGUGCUGCCGCAGACGAUGCAGAAGAUGGCGGCUGACCUCAAGGGAGGAGCGGAUUUGAAGAUCAUCCCCAAGGCGGGUCAUCUGCCGAUGGUGGAGCAGCCGCAGGCUUUUACAGAGGUGGUCAAUGGUUUCUUGCAUCUGUAGCUAGGUAGCCUGUUUGCGUAUUAUGUCUAUAUAUAGCAUCUGAGGGCCGAAUUAAAAUAAUGAAC